UGUAACAUGCUAAUGCUAAACAGGGACUUGUCAGGGACCUUAUGUUUGAAUAGAGCAGGUCAGAGCUAAAAAAAAAAAAACAAAACCCUGAUUGAGCCACAUGGUUCAACAGUGUUUGUGACAGCGCCUACCUGAGGACAGUAGUGGAACAGCUGGCUGUGACUUCAGGAUCUUUACUAUAAUUUUUUUUUCACUCACUGUUUUUAAGUUACUUUUCUUCAGUGUCUGUGAGUUUGGACCAAUCACAGGCUGUACAACUGUUGACCAAUCACUGCUCUCCGUCUGAGCCCCUGAUAUAAUAGAUUGAAAAACUCUCGCCGCUGACACUCACCCUCUCUCACCCUCUCCGGGUGUUCACUGACUCUACAUUUAUUUGCUGUGACUCUGUUCCUCCUUCAGUCCCGGAUCUUCCGUCAUGUUCCGCUGCAGCGGCCUCUCGACUCCUCUUUACCCGUCCUUCCUGCCUCCUCCGUCGGCCUUCUCUCCUCCGUCGUCCCGCUCUCUGAUGGAGCAUGGUCUGGCGCUCAGCCGCCCGGCCAGCGCCCUCCACCGGACCCUGACCUCCACGAUUCCCGGGCCAGACUCGAUGCCUCUUCGCCCGCUGCCCGUGGCCUGUGUCCGGGCUGCAGCUCCGAGCAGCAGCUCCGGAUCACCGCACAGAACCAGCCCGAAUUCUGGACUCAAGUUCGGCGUCAACGCCAUUCUAGCUCCGUCCACACGAAGCAGCGUCCAAACUCUUCAGACCAAAUCCUUCCUUCCUUCGUUCUUCGACGCCUCAGACCUGCAGCCCUUCAUCACAGCCACUUAUUUUACUGUAACGACUCCUCCAGCCUCCUCCUCCUCCUUCUCCUCCUCCUCCUCCUCCUCCUCAAUCGUUCCCGUCCCAGGAACAUUUUCAUGGCCCCUGGCUCCAAGAGGGAAACCCCGCAGAGGAAUGCUGCGGCGUGCAGUUUUCUCCGACCUCCAGAGGAAGGCUCUGGAGAGAAUGUUCCAGAAACAAAAAUACAUCAGUAAACCAGAGAGGAAGAAGUUGGCGGGAAAACUAGACUUGAAAGACUCGCAGGUGAAGAUCUGGUUCCAGAACCGCAGGAUGAAGUGGAGAAACUGCAAAGAACGAGAGCUGCUGUCAACAGGGGGCUCCCGUGAGCAGACACUGCCCACCAGAACAAACCCACACCCCGACCUCACUGAUGUAAGCUCUGCCUUCACCCACACCCAGCCCCGCCCCCAUCACCUCAGCACCAGUGUACAGCUCCAUCACAAUGAGUCAGAGCUCUCAGAGUCGGAGCAGGAAGAAAUCCACGUUUCAUAACAAACUCACAAAAUGACUUUUUUCCACAAUCCCUGGUUUUUGUACAGUUAUUUUUUGCAGAAAUAUUGGGAGAGGUUAAAGACACUUCUUAAUAAAAAUUAAUAUUUUCUUAUAUAUGUAUUUUGAAAUAAAUAUAUUAUUUUUGUUGAUGAUCUGUUCUGAAACUCGUUUUACAUUGUAAGUAGUGACGGUUUAACAUUUUUGUAAAAUCACAGAAAGGUCAGAUGUAAAAAAUAAAAAAAACAUAAAAAAGUGAGAUUAAAAACACGAGAAAAAGACAUUUUAAUUUUAAUGAAGCAAUAAGCAA